GCGGCCCCUCCCCUCUCGUCUCCAAAAGUUCGAGCUACCCAUUUCCCAUAGCUACAGCUGGAAGAAGCUUGCUUAGCCAGUUCUUCCAUCUGUAGCUAUCUUCCUCUGUCAGAUCUUCGAAUUCGAGGACUGCUUACCAAUCAAGGAUAGAUAACUAUAGCUAGGGUUUUCUGUCAUCCGUUGAUCGCGUCCGUGCUAGCUAGCUAGGCGAUGAUCAUGUCCGACCCGGCCAUGCUCCCGCCGGGCUUCCGGUUCCACCCGACGGACGAGGAGCUCAUCCUCCACUACCUCCGCAACCGCGCCGCCGACUCGCCGUGCCCCGUCUCCAUCAUCGCCGACGUCGAUAUCUACAAGUUCGACCCAUGGGCCCUGCCAUCCAAAGCUACCUAUGGCGACAGGGAGUGGUACUUCUUCACGCCGAGGGACCGCAAGUACCCGAAUGGCGUCCGGCCGAACCGGGCGGCGGGGUCCGGCUACUGGAAGGCCACCGGCACCGACAAGCCCAUCCGCAGCAGCGCCACCAACGAGAGCGUCGGCGUCAAGAAGGCGCUCGUCUUCUACAAGGGCCGCCCGCCCAAGGGCAUCAAGACCAACUGGAUCAUGCACGAGUACCGUCUCGCCACCGCCGACGCGCACGCCGCCAACACCUACCGCCCCAUGAGGUUCCGCAACGCCUCCAUGAGGCUGGACGACUGGGUGCUGUGCCGGAUCUACAAGAAGACCAGCCAGGUGUCGCCGAUGCCAGUGCCGCCGCUGUCCGACCACGAGCUCGACGAGCCGAGCGGCGCCUACCCGAUGUCGAGCGCCGGCAUGCUCGUGCAGGCCGGCACCAGCAGCUACCCGCUGCAGGGGACGGCUGCGGGCACGCAGAGGAUGCCGAAGAUCCCGUCCAUUUCAGAGCUGCUCAACGACUACUCGCUGGCACAGCUCUUCAACGACGGCGGCCAUGGGGAGAUGCCACGGCACGACCAGCACGGCGCCGCCCUCCUCGGCCACCCCAUCAUGAACCAAUUCCAUGUGAACAGCAGCAUGUCCCAGUUUGCGCAGAUGGACUCGUCGGCGUCCACGUCGACGGCAGGCGAGGGCGCUGCCGGGAAGCGCAAGAGAUCGUCGGAGGACUGUGGCCGUAAUGGGUCCACGAGCCAGCCGGACAAGAAGCCGAACGGAUCUUGUUUUGGUGGCGCAACGUUCCAAAUAGGCAGUGGCAACGUCUUGCAAGGGUCAGUAGGCACGGGCCAUCACACGCUGCUCCCUUUCUAACAUGGGGAUCGGAUGAACUGAUGGUAGAUAGAUACUAUACUGCUGCUUAUUCAUUCUGAAUUAUACAUGGUGCACGGGAAGAACAACUGUGGGGGUCUAUACAUUGCACCACAUAUAUAGGUCUGAAUUAGACAAAUCAUCAUUGGCCAAUAUAUAGGGAAAAGGAUUGUAAUUGUAAUUGUGUGGAAUGACUAGAUAGGUCCUUGGAUCACACAGUAGUUGAUAUAUAUGGUUUGUAGUGUGUACACAAUAUUUUUGACUCCGAAGCAUAUAGUAAUAUUAAGUACUUCAAGAUUAACCACCAAGCUAGGUAGGGCUUGAUAAGACCUUGAGAUCGACGUACUGGAAGUCUGUAACACCAAAAUGGAACCGGUCUUGCUUAUACCGAUGUAUGUAAGACAGUGGAAACAUAUUCUUUAUUGGAGCAAUUCAUUA